CAGACGUCAACCUAACCUACGUUUUAUAUACGUUUUAUCUUAGAUUGUAUUUUAUAAAAUCGUUGCAUAAAAGAUAUCAAUGGUGAACGACAAAAAGCGCCGAUCCCGGAGUAGAGACCGUUUGGAUAAAGACCGCGAUAAGAGACGCCGUUCCCGAUCCCGAAGCAAAGAGCGUCCCCAUAAACGCUACAGAUCACGAUCCCGGGACAAGUACGAAAGUUCUAGCAGCAAAUAUGAUAGAUACGGUAAGCCCGAUCGUGACAAAAGAGACGACAGGAAAGAUGAUAAAGACAAGAAAGCGAAAGACUCGCGAAAACGAACACCUACACCUGAUACAGAAACGAAACCUGAAUCUAAAUCUGAGAUGAAACAAGAACCUCCACCGAAGAAAGAACCAUUGUCAUUGGAAGAGUUACUAGCUAAGAAAAAAGCAGAAGAAGCUGCUAAGAGCAAACCUGUUUUUUUGACUAAAGAACAGCGGGCGGCAGAGGCGUUAAAACGGCGCCAAGAGGAAGUCGAUAGGUUGAAAAAGCAACAAGAGGCCGAACGCAAGAUAAUUGAAAGUGUACAAGCUUCAAGACAGGAGGAACAAAGAAAGGAUGAUAGGGAGUUCAGACGUCCCCGUGAUCGGGAGAAAGAUGAAGAUAAACAAAAAGAUAAAGAUAGGGAGAAGGAAUCUGACGCGAUCAAAGAACGCUAUUUGGGUUUAGUGAAAAAGAAGAGACGUGUAAGGAGAUUAAAUGAUCGGAAAUUUGUUUUUGAUUGGGACGCCGGAGAGGACACUUCUCAGGAUUACAAUCCUUUGUAUAAGGAGCGACAUCAGGUGCAAUUUUUCGGUCGAGGAAACCUCGCCGGAAUCGAUAUUAAGGCCCAAAAACGCGAUCAAAGCAAAUUCUACGGGGAAUUAUUGGAGAAACGCAGGACUGAAGCUGAAAAGGCACAGGAGAAAGUUAGGUUGAAGAAAGUAAGGAGGAAGGAGGAGAAACAAUUGUGGGACGAUCGACACUGGUCGGAGAAGGAAGUUUCAGAAAUGACUGAAAGGGAUUGGAGGAUUUUCAGAGAAGACUACAACAUCACAAUUAAAGGGGGGAAAAUCCCGGAACCAAUCCGGUCAUGGAAAGAAUCCGGAAUCCAAAAAGAGCUUCUGGAAAUCAUCGAUAAAGUUGGCUAUAAAGAACCAACACCAAUCCAGAGACAGGCAAUUCCUAUAGGAAUGCAAAAUCGGGACAUUAUCGGGGUUGCAGAAACCGGUUCUGGUAAAACUCUCGCAUUCUUGAUCCCUCUUUUAUCUUGGAUUCAAUCCCUACCGAAAAUUGAACGCACCGAAGACGCCGAUCAGGGCCCCUAUGCUAUAAUCUUGGCCCCCACUCGUGAAUUGGCCCAACAAAUCGAAGAAGAAACGGUCAAAUUCGGCCAACCAUUGGGGAUUCGUACUGUGGUAGUUGUGGGAGGGUUGAGUAGAGAGGAGCAAGGGUUUAGAUUGAGAAUGGGGUGCGAAAUUGUUAUUGCAACUCCAGGGCGUCUAAUCGAUGUUUUAGAAAAUCGCUAUUUGGUCCUAAACCAGUGUACCUACAUUGUCAUGGACGAAGCCGACAGAAUGAUUGAUUUAGGGUUCGAAGCAGAUGUGCAAAAAAUCCUGGAAUAUAUGCCUGUCACAAACCUAAAACCGGAUUCAGAAGAAGCCGAGGAUAGUAAAAUCAUUUUGGCGAACUAUAACAGCAAGAAGAAGUACCGCCAAACAGUGAUGUUUACGGCGACUAUGCCCCCGGCUGUUGAGCGACUAGCGAGGACUUAUUUGAGACGUCCAGCUGUAGUUUACAUCGGUUCAAUUGGUAAACCCACAGAACGUGUGGAACAAAUUGUCCAUAUUAUGACUGAAAACGACAAGAGAAAGAAGUUGAUGGAAUACUUGUCCAAGGGGGUGGACCCCCCGAUCAUUAUCUUCGUCAAUCAGAAGAAGGGGGCCGAUGUUUUGGCCAAAGGUUUGGAGAAGUUGGGGUACAAUGCGUGUACGCUUCAUGGGGGCAAAGGCCAGGAGCAGAGAGAGUACGCGCUUGCGAGUCUCAAAUCGGGGGCUAAGGACAUUUUGGUGGCCACUGACGUGGCUGGGAGAGGAAUUGAUAUCAAGGAUGUUUCCGUUGUUAUCAAUUAUGACAUGGCCAAGACUAUUGAAGAUUAUACCCAUCGUAUUGGUCGAACUGGACGUGCGGGAAAAAGCGGGGUCGCUAUCAGCUUUUGUACCAACGAUGAUUCAGCUCUAUUCUAUGAUUUGAAGCAAAUGUUGCUAUCAUCACCUGUCUCAACUUGUCCUCCUGAAUUAAUGAACCAUCCAGAAUGCCAAAUUAGACCUGGUAAUCAGCCCAAGCGUCGACGCGACGAGAUGAUCUUUGCUUGAAUAAAACUCUAGCGUGUAGUUAUGUUUUAUUAAUAAAAUACCUUAAGAUUA